AAACCUCUCAUCGCCCGCCCACUGAACGCGCAAAAAAUAAAAAAGGGGAAGAAAUAGGAAGAAAAAUUCCGGUUACUGCAAAAACAUCUCUCACAAAAUUCUUGGAUCCACCUGUAACAAGACGGUUUUCCUCCGGUGAGCGGUCAUUUCCCGCGGCCAUGAACGAUGAAGAGGACCGCCAUCAGAUCCCGGCCUUGAGCUUCGAGCGACUGAAGGUGGUGUCGGCGCUCGGCCGCGGAGCCAAGGGCGUGGUGUUCCUCGUCAAGGAUGAAGAUCGCGAUGCGCUUCUCGCUCUGAAAGUGAUCUCCAAGGAAUUGAUCGAGAAGAAAGGAAAGUCCGUCAACAGCGACGGAAAUGAGUACAAGAGAGUCUGCUUCGAGCAAGGAGUUCUCGGCCUUCUUCGCCACCCGCUUUUGCCGCGAUUGCGCGGUAUUUUGGAUACCGAGAAGCUGGUUGGAUACGCAAUUGAUUACUGCCCCGGCCGCGAUCUCAACGUUCACAGGAAGAGACAGACAGAGAGAAUGUUCUCCGACGAUGUAAUCAGGUUUUACGCCGCAGAAUUGGUUCUCGCGCUGGAAUAUUUGCACGGAAUAGGGAUUGUGUACAGAGAUUUGAAGCCAGAGAACGUCAUGGUUCAAGAAAACGGUCACAUUAUGCUCGUCGAUUUCGAUCUCUCUACAAAACUCUCUCCCAAAAGUCCUCAAUCUUCAAGAACAUCCAACUUCUCGGACACGGAGUCUGAUUCCGCGCGAAAGAAACGACUCUCACCGUUCCACAGAUUCUGCAACUCGGGGAUCACGCCGGAGGACUCGGCCUCCCAGAACGGACUCAGCGAUAACUCAGCGCGGACCGAGUUGUACUCGUCCGAGAAGUCGAACUCGUUCGUCGGAACCGAGGAGUACGUGGCGCCGGAGAUCGUCUCCGGAAACGGCCACGACUUCGCCGUCGACUGGUGGUCCCUCGGCGUAAUGCUCUACGAAAUGCUGUACGGCGAGACGCCGUUUCGCGGCUCCAACCGGAAAGAAACGUUCUACAGGAUAGUGACGAAGUCGCCGGAGUUGAUAGGGGAGCCGACGCCUUUGAGAGACUUGAUCAGGAAGCUUCUGGAGAAGGAUCCAAAGCAGAGGAUCGGUGUGGAGGAGAUCAAAGGCCACGAUUUCUUCAGAGGAAUGGACUGGGAUUCGGUGAUGCAGAUCCCGAGACCACCGUAUAUUCCGGAAAAUGUUGAUGAGGACAAAGAAGGAAUAAGGGGCAUUGACGUUGUUUCCGUUGUCCAAGGAAUAUUCGGUGUUGGCGGUGAUUGUGUUGAAGGUGACAAGCAGAAAACUGAUCAGCGUGGUAUCAACGGUGAUCAUGCGGAAACUGUGAAUACCAAGGACUGGGUAGGAAGCGUACCAAAUCACCAUCCCACUCAAGUAGAUAAUUUUCUCGUAUUUUAACUCUUCAAUAUUCUUUAUUUAUUUCUCUUUCGUUCUAAAGUAAGCAUAUGUAACGUUUAUAGUGACCUUAGCUAUUGUUUUUUGGGGUCAAAUAUACAUAAGAGUAUAUACGACACAGACUAUGAUCGGAAGAUGUAGCAUUAUAGCCUAAUCUAUAGGCAUAAUAUUACGACUUGAUUAUGUAGUUAAUAUACUUUUUUUUCUUU